AAAUGCAAAAAUAAGAGAAAUAACAUAUUGGUCUCCUCUGGUUCUCUUUCCGCUUCCACCCUUCGUUUCUCCUGGGCGGGAGGUGGCGGCGCGUACACAUGCACAUUCAUGGUGACUCUGUUCUUCAACUCUCCCUCCCCACUCAACAGCAAUCGAUAAGCGCCCUCCCUCCGAUAUAUUGGUGAAACCGAGACACUGCAUCAAGAAACCGGCUACUUGUGCAUUUGGAAAGGACGGGGAUCACAUGGCUGUGAGAUAUCGUCGCUUGUGUCAAAUUUCGAGGUUCUUGCCCCGUGUUUCCGCAGGUAAUGACUGCUGGAGAUGCACAUCAUCUUUCUGUCUAUCGGCUUCCUAUUCAGUUAGUCACAGUCAUUCAUGGGAAAGAUUCGACAUGCCGAUUGAAAGGAGUGUCUUUGACAUGCGAAGGAUCUCAACGCUUUCAGAUGUUCUAAAUGAUUCUGCGCGUGAGGUUGAAAACAGCAUUUUGUCCUUCAUUCAAUCCUCAUUUAAUGUUCUUGAAGGUCCGAAUCAUUUUUGGUUGAAUAAGGUUGAAGCAGAUAAUGAUUGUCUUGUGAGAGUGAAGACAUUUUUAGUUCUGCUUGGUCAGUUGGAUGCGAAUUCUCCAUCAUUGCGAUAUCAAGUAGUUAAAACUCUUAGAAUAAUGAAGUCAAUUCAGCAGAGGUCUCCACAUAUAUAUGUCAUGGUUUUUCAGUUUGGCAGUUCAGCUUGUUCCUCUCUUUAUCAAACCCAUCUAGCUGAAUUGAUGAUAAAGGAGCACGUCAACUUUCCGGUAUUAUUUUCUAGCAAGGACUUCUCUGAGAUAACAAAUGAGCCUUGUUUUGUUUUAUAUAAAGAAUUUAAGAAUCCAAUUGUUUUCCUUGAGAAGGAUGCCAAUGUCGAGAUGAUUGAAAAAGUGGUUGAGGACUUUGGUAAGCUAGACAAAGAGGAUUCCGAGCCACCUGUCAGAUCCAAAAGCCCGCUUUUCAAGCAAAAUGAUAUUGCCAAGGAGCUUUGCCUCUCUUCUAUUGUGCAAAAUUUGCUUCUUUAUAAUCCAGGUUGUGUGACUGCUGAUGAGGAUGGCAGUCGCCUAUUCCUUUCUGACAGCAAUCAUCAUCGGAUAAUCAUAUGUGAUGGCAACGGGAAGAUUCUGGAUUGUAUUGGUUCUUUCCCGGGAUUUGAAGAUGGUGAUUUUGAAUCUGCCAAAUUGUUCUGUCCUGCAUCUUCUUUCUACCAUGCCGCAGAGGAUUGCCUGUAUAUCGCGGAUUCAGAGAACCAUGCUAUAAGGAGAGCAGACAUGAGGUGCCGGCUUGUUGAGACAAUAUAUCCAAAAGACUAUAGCAAAACAAAAGUUACAGUUUGGAGCUGGAUCGUGAAUAUGCUGGGCUUGCAAAGGCAGAUCAUUGCAGACUCUGGAGCUCCUGAUACACAGAUACUAGAUUUCCCUUGGCAUAUAAUGCAACUAGAUGCUGAUAAAUUGUUAAUUAUAAGCCGAAGCUUUGAAGCAUCAUGGAUCUUAGAUUUGGCUUCAGGGGAGACCAAAGGCAUUGUCAAAGGAUUCCAGAAGAUUUUGGAGAUCGGCAAAGAGUUGAUUUCAGAGAGAGUAGCACUUUUGAAACAGAUCCAUUAUGAUUGGUUGCAGCAUCAAUCUCUUGCUGAUGUAGGAGAAGGUCUCCUUUAUAAUGAUCUUAUAUCAUCUAUAACUACCUUGGGAAAGCACACGAUAGUAUGUGAUCCAGUUGGUCACAGGGUUUUAAAACUUGACAGAAGUUCUGGUGAAGUUUCAACUUUUAAGUUAUCAAACUUUCAAGUUCUUGGCUUACCUUACUGGUUGGCCUUACGUUUGGAAAGAGUUUACACCACUGCUGACGGAGUUCAAGGAACGCCAGCUGAUCAUGUUCAAUGUUUCAGCUUGUUGCCUGGUAGGGUCCACAUUAAAUUGAAUGUGGACAUUCCCAAGGAUGCUGAGCUCGUGGAGCCAGUACAAGAAGGCAGCAUAUGGCGCCAGGCCAGGGGAGCUGCUACCGAAGUCCAUGAAUCAGAGGAUGAUGUGGGGUCUUCAGAAAAGGUUGGUGUAGCCCAAAAAUGGUACAAUGAACUGGACGAACUUGCCUUCACCGUGCCUGAGUCGCAGUUGAUUGUGGAAGACAAUAAUGAUGCUUCGAACAUGAGGAUUGACGAUAAGAAUGUUCGCAUCGAUUGUGCUGUCAAUACAAGUCCUGGUUCUAGUGAGGUCAUUGUUUACGCAGCACUUUAUUUGAGGCUUAGAAGGAACUUAGAUAUACUAGAAGACAAUCGUGAAAAAUAUGCCGGAACACUUUCAGAUCUUCUGGUGCCAAAGAGCAGUGGAAAAAGGGGUAGGGAUCUCUGUUGUGAGAUUUUAUUGAAAUCCACCACAGAUUUGCGGGACCUCGUAUUUGUUAAACCCUUACAUGUUAGGCUAAAGUUCGACACUCUUAAUCACCCAAAAGCAGAUAAUUCGAAAGACGUUAUAUUGACGGAAUCCUCCAUCGAGGUUAGUGUAUCAUUAUGAGGAUCGAUUUUUUCUCUGUGCGGGAUUAAGUUUAGUUAUUUCAGCCUCCUUACAGUGCAUGUGCCUUAACCAAAAUUUUGUCAUACCUGUAAUGUUCUCUGUUGUGACUAUAUGUCAGUACAAUUGUUGGCCACUUUUCAAUGAUAUCCGCCAGGACAAUGAAUAAAGAUUUUGCUA